AUUCUCUCUCGAGGAGAGCCUCGCCUGAGCUUUUUUUUUUUUGUUCCUCUUCUUGUUUCGCGGCCUAAACCGCCGUCGUGUGAAGCUACCACGUUAUUGUCCUCCGUUACGAACCUUCUGGGGUUUCGGUUGCUUCCUCUCGCGCCGCCGCUUGUUUUUGUGAUUUAUUUGAUUCUAAUCGAGCAGAUAAAGUUGCUUCUGGGACUCUUUAGAUGGCAGACUCUCGGAAUGGUAAUGCGCGAGCUCCUGGUGGAGGAGUGCCUCCAAAACCUGGGAAUGCCUACACCAUAGAUGUUAAAAACUUUAUCUCACGUGCAAGAGCCUUGUAUGAACACUGGAAGAAGCACAGUGCAGACCUAUGGGGAUCUGCGGACGCUCUUGCCAUUGCUACCCCUCCUGCUUCUGAUGAUCUGCGCUACUUGAAAUCGUCAGCGCUGAAUAUUUGGCUUCUUGGGUAUGAGUUUCCAGAUACGAUUAUGGUUUUUACCCCAAAGCAGAUCCACUUCUUGUGUAGCAGGAACAAGGCAUCUCUACUUGAAGUUGUGAAGCAACCUGCACAUGAUGAGUUGAAGGUUGAUGUUGUUAUGCAUGUUAAGCCCAAGGGUGAUGAUGGAAAAGGGCUGAUGGAUGCCAUAUUUCGUGCCAUCCGUGAUCUAUCCCGGGGUGAUGGAAAUGAUUCACAAGUUGUAGGACACAUUGCUCGUGAAGUCCUUGAAGGUAAGCUUCUGGAGACAUGGACUGAGAGGUUAAAGAAUGCAAACUUCCAGUUUGUAGAUAUAACUGGGGGCUUGUCUGAUCUUUUUGCUGUUAAAGAUGAUACUGAGGUCAUGAGUGUGAAGAAAGCUGCGUAUCUAGCCUAUAGUGUGAUGAAAACUGUUGUUGUCCCAAACCUUGAAGGAGUCAUUGAUGAAGAGAAAGACGUCACCCACUCUGCUUUGAUGGAUCUCACCGAGAAAGCCAUACUUGAGCCAACUAAGGCCGGUGUGAGGCUGAAGGCAGAAAAUGUUGACAUAUGUUACCCUCCGAUAUUUCAAAGCGGAGGCAAGUUUGAUCUCAAACCAAGUGCUGCAAGCAAUGAUGAACUGCUCACUUACGACCCAGCGAGUAUCAUAAUAUGUGCUGUUGGUGCUCGGUAUAAUAGUUAUUGCUCAAACAUUGCCAGGACUUACCUAAUAGAUGCAACUUCUCUCCAAAUCAAGGCAUAUGAGGUUCUUCUCAAGGCACAUGAGGCUGCUAUUAAUGCUUUAAGGUCAGGAAGAAAGAUCAAUACUGUCUAUCAAGCUGCCCUUUCGGUUGUUGAAAAGAAUGCCCCUGAGUUGAUUGACAAGCUAACUAAAUCUGCUGGGACUGGUAUCGGUCUUGAAUUCCGAGAGUCGGGAUUAAAUAUUAAUGCAAAGAAUGAUAAAGUAUUGAGACCGAAGAUGGCAUUUAAUGUGUCUCUUGGUUUCCAGAACUUGGAGUGUGAGUCAGAAAGCCGCAGCAAGAUCAGGAAAUUCUCACUUUUGCUAGCUGACACAGUUCUCGUCACGGAACAGAAUCCGGAGAAUGUAACAAUCAAGUGCUCUAAAUCUGUUAAGGAUGUGGCUUACUCCUUCAAAGAUGAUGAAGAAGAAGAGAGACCGAGGAAGAAGCCGAAGACCAGCGGUUCUGAGAACUACAUUACCAAGACAGCUCUCAGAUCAGAUGAUCAUGUGGUGUCGAAAGAAGAGCUACGGAAGCAGCACCAGGCAGAGCUUGCACGCCAGAAAAAUGAAGAAACCGCCAGAAGGCUUGCUGGUGAUAGGUCUGGGGCGGGAGACAGCCGGUCUGCUGCAAAGACUUCAGCUGAUGUGGUUGCCUACAAGAGUGUUAACGACAUGCCCCAACCUCGGUCUUUGGAAAUCCAGACUGAUACGAAGAACGAGGCUGUAUUGUUGCCCAUCUAUGGUAGCUUGGUCCCAUUCCAUGUGGCUACAAUAAGAACAGUGUCAGGCAAUCAAGAUACCAACAGGAAUUGCUACAUCCGUAUCAUUUUCAAUGUCCCCGGUACACCCUUCAACCCUCAUGAUUCAAACUCUUUGAAAAACCAGGGUGCUAUCUACCUCAAGGAGGUUUCAUUCCGGACCAAGGAUUCAAGGCAUAGCAGUGAAAUAGUUCAGCAGAUUAAGGCCCUCAGACGGCAAGUCAUGGCCCGGGAGUCAGAGAGAGCUGAAAGGGCGACAUUGGUGACACAGGAGAAACUUCAGCUUGCAGGGAACAAGUUCAAACCCCUCAGGUUGUCUGAGUUGUGGAUCCGUCCGCCUUUCAGUGGCCGCAAGAAGAUUCCUGGGACACUCGAAGCUCAUGCCAAUGGUUUCAGGUAUUCAACGACCAGGCCUGACGAGCGUGUGGAUGUCCUGUUUGCAAACAUAAAGCACGCGUUUUUCCAGCCGGCUGAGAAGGAGAUGAUCACCCUCCUUCAUUUUCAUUUGCACAACCACAUCAUGGUAGGAACCAAGAAAACAAAGGACGUCCAGUUUUAUGUGGAGGUAAUGGAUGUUGUGCAGUCUUUAGGUGGUGGGAGGAGAUCAGCUUAUGAUCCAGAUGAGAUUGAUGAAGAACAGCGGGAGCGUGAUAGGAAAAACAAGAUCAACAUGGAUUUCAAUCAUUUUGCAAACCGGGUCAAUGAUAUGUGGCAACUACCCCAGUUUGCAAGUCUGGACCUUGAGUUUGAUCAACCUCUGAGAGAGCUUGGGUUCCAUGGUGUUCCGCACAAGACAUCUGCAUUCAUUAUACCGACCUCCAGCUGCUUAGUUGAGCUCAUAGAAUACCCGUUCCUCGUUGUCAGUCUUAGUGAGAUUGAGAUUGUGAAUCUUGAGAGAGUUGGGUUUGGGCAGAAGAACUUUGACAUGGCCAUCAUCUUCAAGGACUUCAAAAAGGAUGUUCUUAGGGUUGACUCAGUUCCCACAAGUUCACUGGAGGGGAUAAAAGAGUGGCUUGACACUACAGAUAUAAAGUAUUACGAGAGCAAACUGAAUCUGAACUGGAGACAGAUCCUGAAGACGAUCACGGAUGAUCCGCAGAGCUUCAUAGAUGAUGGAGGAUGGGAGUUUUUGAAUCUGGACGGAAGUGAUUCAGAAUCUGGGGGCUCUGAGGAGUCAGAUAAAGGAUAUGAACCAUCAGAUGUGGAGGUUGAGUCUGAGUCAGAGGAUGAGGCCUCAGAGAGUGAGUCACUGGUGGAGUCAGAGGAUGAAGAAGAGGAGGACUCAGAGCAAGAGUCAGAGGAAGAGAAAGGUAAGACUUGGGAUGAACUGGAGAGAGAAGCUAGUAAUGCAGACAGAGAGCAUGGAGCUGAGUCUGAUAGUGAGGAAGAGAGGAAGAGAAGGAAGAUGAAAGCGUUUGGGAAAUCGCGGCCUGGAACUAGCGGUGGAGGCGGCAGUAGCAGUAUGAAGAACAUGCCACCAUCAAAGCGCAUGCGCAGGUGAAAAGAUCAGACGUUUCGAAUUCUGCUUAUCUUUGUUCUCAUUAGAGAGAUGAAACGAAACCAGACUUUUAUUUUCCGAGGUUUAAAAAUUAAUUAGUGUUUCUUUUUUGUUUGUUUGUUCACGGCAAACAAAAUCUAGCGUUUGGUUAUGGUUUUUAAAUCAGUCUUUUGUAUUAUAAAAAAACCUGCUUUAGAUAAUUCAGUAUUAAUUUAAUUCUA